GUAUGUUUUUUUUUGUAUCCAUAUUCUAGGACUGAAAUUGGGGAGGUUCUAUUGCCGGACUCUCUACUUCUUAAUAGGCCAGUGAAUUAUUUUGAAUGAUUUUUUUUAAACUUUCAAAUAAUUAUUUUGAAUGAAUUUUUUGACUCUAGGGACAAGGAAAAAUUGAGGAAAGCAGACAAAAACUGAUAAAAUACUUGAAACGAACCAAUUUGUACCCCAAGGAGCAUGCCACAUUUUUCGGAAAGUUCAUCUAUGCAUUUGUCAACUACAUGUUCCUCCAAACCGUGUAUGCAAUCAUCCAUAAAUGGAGUGUUUGGAGCUUCAGCUCCAAGGUUUCAGCCAUUGAAAGCCUCAACAAUAACAUGGGUACUCUGGGAUUGGUCAAUGAUAUAUUUCCAUUCCUCACCCAUGUCCCGGUUGCAAUAUCAAUCAUAGAUGACAAAUAUUUCUUGAAUGAUAUUACUACCAGCAGUUACAAGAAGAAGAAACAAUACAUUGCAAAAUUGGAUAGGAUCAACGAGAUGGAACAGAAAACCGUUCUAUUAGUUGACCGUCUUGAAAUCAUCUUGAUUUGUUUCUACACUGGAUACAUGCUGGCUCCAGCAUUCGGCAUAAUUCUUCAUAUCAUGAAAUCGCAAAGUUUGAGUCGAGUUAUUUUGCCAUUCAUGUUUUUCAUAUCUCAUGAGAGUGCAGCAAGAAGCCCUCCAGUAUUUUCCAGCCUUCAAACACUCUUACAAGUGUUCCUGGUGGAAUCAUUCUACAUCUACAUACAGUUGAUUUGCACUGUGAUUCUGCACACACGUUUCAUCCUCACCGUCAGUCAUGUGUCGUUGGAAAUUGAUUUAUUCUGUAUGAGACUUGAGGAGCUGUGUUUGGAAAAUAUCGAACACAAUGAAGACGACUACUACAAUGCAGGAAAUUUUUAUGAUCAAGAGAGGAAAUUGAAAUUGGUUGUCAGAGAUUUGGUCAUACAUCAUCAACUGAUAUUCAAGAAGGUGCAUAAGCUGAAUAGCUCCUUAGUGAGUUCUCUGAUUUAUGGAAAUUCAUUUCUCACAAUUCAACUGGCUAUAUUGAUAUUCUGCUUACAGCAACAUCCGGAUUUCCUCCAACGCAUAAGAUAUGCAAUCAUGAUGAUACCGUUGCUUUUCAUGCUCAUUGCCUACUCUGAAUAUGGACAGAGAAUAGAAAACCAGGGAAAUAAAAUGAGACUCGCGCUCCACAAUUUUCCAUGGCAAGGAAAACCAAAAUGGGUGCAAAGUACACUGAGAAUCCUCAUGAUCCGUUCAAAUAUGCCUCCUCAAGUCAGCAGCGCCUACAACUUCUUCAAGCAGAAUCGGGAAAAUAUGAGUAAACUGAUGAAAUUGGCCUACUCCUAUUUCAAUCUGCUGGAAAGGGUUUCUACUUAGAUCAGCACUGCAUUUUUUGGAAUAUGAAUAGAGGAAUUCUUCAUUCAAAAAGAGGAUGAUAAUACAAAAUUUGAAACUUAUAUUGAUUUAUGUACUUUAUCAUAGAAAUGUAUAUGUUUAUUGCUUUCACAAAAAUGAGAAAUGAUUAAUUUGUUGUAUCAGAGGAAAUAAAUUAUGAGCAAAGAGUC